AUCUCAAUGUCCUUAUCCGAGACCGAAUCAGUCAGCCAAGUCUCUGUUCGAACCAGAAUAUUAGGGAUUGUGUCCUGCACCCAGAUAUGAGGAAGGUCCAACUGAGAUACAAACAAAGACACAGCCAGGAGUACACUCAGACUAGCUUGGAACAUAGAGUAGCUUUUUUGUACCUCUUAUCUGGGUGUUUGACAGUUUGUUGAUAAUUGUGAGACCUCUGUUGUUUUGAAACAAGACUCUGUACACUGUUUCGGACUAGAAGGACAGACAGAGAGACAUAGACAGAAAGAAAAGAGAGAGACACACAAAGCAAUAAACACACAGACAUUCAGUGUUGGAAGACAGCCAUGGGAGUUGAGGAGCAGAGAGCUGGGGAGUUUUACGUGGAGAGGGAUGUUAUGAACGAGCUUUGCUUGGACAAGUUGGCCAGAAGACGGACUCACUCCACCAGACCUCUCCUGAAGGAACGGGUGAAAGAUGCCCUCAGGUGUUCAGUGCCCAAGCUGAAGCGUUCUGUGCUGAGCUUUAUACCUAUCCUGUCAUGGCUGCCUCGUUACUCAGUGAGACAAGACGCACUGGGAGACCUCAUAUCUGGCAUAAGCGUUGGCAUCAUGCACCUGCCUAUGGGUUUGGCCUAUGCUCUGCUGGCCUCUGUGCCCCCAGUGUAUGGCCUCUACACUUCCUUCUACCCUGUACUCAUGUACUGCAUCUUUGGCACCUCCAGACACAUCUCCAUAGGCACAUUUGCUGUGACCAGCAUCAUGAUAGGCACCACGACAGAGAGGCUGGCCCCAAACAGUAACUUCAUGACUCUAAAUGGAACCAAUGGGACUCAAGUUCUCGAUGUAGUAGCCCGUGAUGCCUUAAGAGUACAGAUAGCAGCCAGCACCACUUUUCUGAGUGGGAUCUUUCUGUUUCUGCUGGGCAUGAUUCGGUUUGGUUUUGUGGUGACGUUCCUGUCAGAUCCCCUGGUACGUGGUUACAUGACAGGAGCAGGUAUACAGGUGGUACUUUCCCAACUCCCAAGCCUCUUUGGGAUCCGCGUUGGACGCUUCUCCGGGCCUCUGUCUCAGGUCUAUCUCCUAAUGGAUAUCUGUAGACAUCUGCCAGAGACUAACAUUGCGGCCGUGGUGGUAACUCUAGUGGCCUUGGCGGUCCUCAUAGCGGUCAAAGAACUCAACAUUUACUUUGAGAAGAAAAUGCCCGUGCCCGUUCCAAUAGAACUCAUAACGAUCAUAGUAGCAACAGUUAUCUCUUACUACUGCAAACUGCACAGCCUAUACAAUGUGGCCGUCAUCGGACAGAUCCCCAAAGGACUAAAGCCUCCCAGUUCACCUGACGUUAGUCUGUGGGGUUCUAUAGUUGGUGACGCAUUCGCAGUUGGCAUAGUGGGAUAUGCCGUUAACAUCUCCUUGGGCAAAAUCUUUGGCCAAAAACACGGCUACACUGUGGACAGCAACCAGGAGAUGGUGGCUGUUGGUCUCUGUAACAUAGUGGGAGGAUUCUUUCAAUGCCACGUUGUUGCUGCUUCUCCGCCCCGUACCCUCCUCCAGGAUAGCACUGGGGGCAAGACACAGGUUGUGGGGAUGAUUUCUUCAGUACUUGUGCUGAUCUUCAUUCUGCAACUGGGGACACUGUUUGAGGAGCUACCCAAGGCUGUCCUGGCCUGUAUAGUGCUUGUGAACCUGAGAGGCCUUUUUAUGCAGUUUAAAGACAUUCCUGAACUCUGGAAGAGCAAUAAGUUUGACCUGCUGGUGUGGUUGGUAACUCUGGUGUGUACUAUAUUGCUGAACCUGGACCUCGGCCUAGCUGCAUCCAUCGGCUUCUCUAUGCUCAGUGUCAUCUUCAGAACACAACUGCCGAGGUACUCUAUCCUGGGGCAUGUUCCUGGGACUGAGCUCUACCUGGAUACAGAAACAUAUGAGGAGGCUAAAGAGAUACCAGGUAUCACCAUCUUCCGUUCCUCCACCACAAUGUACUAUACCAACGCUCAGCUAUACCUGGACGCACUGCAGGAGAAGAGUGGAAUUGACAUUGGAAUGCUGCUGAUGAAAAAGAAGAAAAGAGACACUGAAGAAAAGAGAAAAGACGAGAUAGAAAAAAACAAAGCCAAAAAAGAGGCAAAAAAGAAUGGUGUGAAUGGACGCCUACCCAACAAUACAGUCCAUCCAGAUGACAAGAGGGAUGAAGAGAAAGGUUCCCCAGACCUGAAAUUGAACCAGACAGCCAUUGCCCUAGUUGACCGACCCAUCAACGGACAGGUGAACUGGGGUUUUGAGCAGCAAGGUAACGGGUUCGACCAGGACUCUAAAACUGAUAUUCAUGGCUAUGAUCACAUGACCCAGAUGUCCAGUACCGGAAGAGAAGGAGAGAUGGGGAGGAGCUCCGUCAACAACACACACACCAUCAUCCUGGACCUAUCCACAGCCAACUUUGCUGACACGGCCACUGUGAAGACGCUGAAAAACAUAUUCCUAAACUACAGAAAGAUUGACAUUGACAUUUAUUUAACUGGAUGCCAAGUCUGUGUGGUGGAGCAGUUAUCGAGUGCAGGCUUCUUCUCUGAGUCCAUCCCUAAAAGCUGUCUGUUCACUACGAUCCAUGAUGCGGUGCUACACAGCCUCCGACUGCAUGGGGCCUCAGACGUACCCAUCAUCUACGAGUAUGCUCUGGACUUGACCUGCACUACCAAGAUGUAACCAACAGGGGUCACUUUGUUCCUCUUCCACUCCACCUUCAUCUGCCUGGCUUCCCAUUGGUUCCCCUCACCUCUUUCCUCUCUGUGAAAGAGAAUGCACCACCGUGUGUGUUUUGCCGGUUGGACCAAGGCAGUUCCCCCUUCAUGCUAUGUUAAAUAACUGAACACAAAAUACCUCCCCGAAAUAAAACUAUAAAACUCCCCAAUAUAUUUGUCAGCCACCAAAGAUGUGUCGUCGAGUCAGCAGUUCACUUCACCUCCCCACCCCCCUCCCUCUCCCUAUUUAAUCCAUUCCUCCUAGGCCCAGACAGUAGUAUGUCCUGUACCUCAAGGGCCUUCUCCCAUAUAUACAUACAUACAUACAUACAUACAUACAUACAUACAUACAUACAUACAUACAUACAUACAUACAUACAUACACACACACACACACACACACACACACACACACACACACACACACACACACACACACACACACACACACACACACACACACACACACACACACACACACACACACACACACACACACACACACACACACACACACACACACACACACACACACACACACAUACAUACAUACAUGUAUGCAUACAUACAUGCAUGCAUGCAUGCAUGCAUACAUACAUACAUACAUACAUAUGUAUAUACACACACAAAUAUAUAUAUACAAACACACACAUACAUAAAUAUACAUACACACACAUAAAUAUAUAUACACAUACAUACACACAGUACCAGUCAAAAGUUUGGACACACUCAUUCAAGGCUUUUUCUUAAUUUUUUACUAUUUUCUACAUUGUAGAAUAAUAGUUAAGACAUAAAAACUAUGGAAUCAUGUAGUAACCAAAAACGUGUUAAAUCAAAAUAUGUUUAACAUUUGAAUUUCUUCAAAGUAGCCACCCUUUGCCUUCAUGGCACACUCGUGGCAUUCUCUCAACCAGCUUCAUGAGGUAGGCACCGAGAAUGCAUUUCAAUUAACAGUUGUGCCUUGUUAAUUUGUGUAAUUUAUUUCAUUCUUCAUACAUUUGAGCCAAUCAGUUGUGUUUUAAAAAAUAAAUUAAAACCCAUGAAUGAGUAAGUGUCCAAACUUUAGACUGGUACUGUAUAUAUAUAAAUAUAACACCCUUGCCUUUCAUGAACAAACACUCACACUUGCCUUUUUUUCUCUUUUUGCACUGACUUUGCUGAUAGCUACUUUGAGGAAAAAUGUACUUACUCUCACUGAGAUGUGGUUGUCCCAUCUAGCUAUCUUAAGAUGAAUGCACUAACGGUCAGUUGCUCUGUAUAACAUUCUCUGCUAAAUUACUAUAAUAAAAUUGGCUCUAGAGAACUCCUCUGUCUCUCAUAAGCUAGGGUUAUACGGUUUCAAUACCAAGGGGAAACAUACAAUGGGUAAUUUCUUAGGCCUCAUUGCUGAUGUUGAAAAUUAUGUAAAUCAUGGUAGUUCAAUAUCCACUGAAUGAGUAUGAAUAGCAGCUAUUCACUCUGUUAUCCAAAGGUGUUUCUAUCAUAUCACUGACAACUUUAGCAUUUUAGAUAAUUAGCAACAACACAGCAUCCUUCUCCUAAUCCAGCUAACGUUAGCCACAACAAAUUGGAAUUUGUAACAUAUCAUACAGUCCAGGUUGGCAUCACGUAGCCUUGAGCCACAUCUAUACAUUGUGUAUUUCAGGGUCAAAUGGAGUAUAGUUUUUCCCUAGUUUGAACACUGUUAUAGAGCUAAUCUCUUUGUAUCUUUCUGUAUUUUCCUAAAGAGGAUGUGAAUAAUUCAUGUUAAUGUGCAUUUUGAACAUUUUACUAAAUUGUUCAUUUCCUGAUCUUAGUUAAUCUACUUUGAAUACGAUUUGUAAUUUUCUAGCAUUGAUCGAACACACACUCCAAUAUCUUAAAGUAAAAAUUCUUGUUUGAGUACAUGGAUAAAUAAACGUCAGUAAAAUGA